AUGAUGAAACCGAUUCUAUUUUUGUAUUUAUUCUACAAAAUCUUGGGACUGCUGCCGUUUUCGAUUCGACUCUCUCCUCCGAGGACUGACGAUUCGAAAAAAUGUUCAGUCUCAUUCCUGGGGCUAGUGUACAACUGGAUUUUGAUUCUGGUGACAUUCACCCUGAGCUUUCCAGCAGUGGAGGCAUUUUAUGAUAUCCAAUUCGAUUACAAAACGAAAACAGUGAUGACGAUUGGGAUGACGAGGGCAAUAUCCAGCACAAUUGUCACCCUCUUCAUCUGGUUGUUUGUCAGUCUGAGACAGCUGAAGGCAGUGGAGAUAACCCAGAGGCUCUUGACGAUUGACAAGAUGCUGAUGACACUGAAGAACGUCCACUACCACGAAUCCCUGGAUCUCAGGAUGAUCGCAAUCAUCUGGACAAACGUCUUCAUCUGGAUCAACGUCUUCUGGCUGGACAUGACUGUCUUCAAGUCCCUCUUCAAGUCUAGCUUCGUGAUUUUUAUUCUUCCCAAUGUCAUCUUCAACUGGUUCCUCAUCCAGUACUCCCUCGUCCUCAGCUCCAUCGAGACCAGAUUCCGGGGAAUUAAUCGUGCAAUCACACGACUCUCGAAGAGUCAUUGCUGCUUGAUCGAAGACACUCGUGUCUUCAGGGAUUUGAUGGCUCUUCAUGGACUUCUGUACGACGUGGCAUGUGCUGUCACCAAUUUUUACGCCUUUCCUGUGCUACUCAUCAUCACUGUCUCGUGUGGUGCUAUUCUCACCACUUCUUAUUAUCUGAUUGUACCUUUUCUGAUGCACAGGGCUGUCAGCAUUUUCAGGACUCUGGACUCUAUCGCUUAUCUCGCCAUGGAGGUAUUUCCUAUUGUCAUUCUCUCUACUACUGUUACUAGAGUGAGUCACGAGAUGAAGCUCACAACAGUAGCUGUCCACAAACUCCUGGCAGAAUCCCUCUCGGAUAAACAAUUGAAAUCCGAGUUGAAAUUAUUUUCACUCGAACUGCUGCAUCGACGACUACAAUUCACCUGCUGUGGAAUUUUCUCGUUGGACUGCACACUCCUGCAUUCAAUUGCAAAUAUGACGGGGACGUAUCUCGUGAUUCUCAUUCAGUUCCAAGGAACCGAGAGAACAUCGACAGAUCACGUCACCAGCAACAAUAUUAUUUUAAAUACUAUUUUCAACGAAACUUGUGCGUCAAAUCAAUGUGGCACCACGUAA